CGCAGGCCGUGUGGGAAUGGCGAGCUACACCGGGGGAACAUGGGCGAAAUUCUUCCACGGAAAUUCAUUAGGAUUUUAGCUUUGUCAAUUGAUCUAAUUACGCUUUGUUAAAUGACAUUUUAGUUGCCAAUGAUGCUGUGAGCCAUUCCUUUUACAUCACCACACAAACAUUCCUGUCCGCCCUGGAUUACCCAAACUCCUCAGCUUCAAACCCCAACCUUCACCAGCGAUUCACUCGCUUGGUAAGAACAAAUCUUGGAAUAGAAUAGAUAGAGUCAAACCUUGGGUGGUGGUGGAGAUUUUACAUCAAAACCUCACCAUCCUUUACCUAUUUCAAACAUGGCACCCAAGAGGAAAAGAGGAACUUCAUCUGCAGAAGAUCUUGUCAAGAAUAAAAAGUCCAAGGAGAGCAUUAAAAAUUAUCUUCAUAGUAGUUCUUUGACCAGCCAUCACCACCAUCAUAGUAAAGCACCUUUUUCUCUCAAGAAAUGCCAGAACUGGUUUAGAGAAUAUAUUGACACAGAUACAGAUUCAAUAGGCCCUGAUGGUAUGGAAAAGUUUUGUGAAGAUAUUGGGGUAGAGCCGGAGAAUCUAGUCAUGCUGGUCAUUGCCUGGAUGUUAGAUGCUGAACAAAUGGGUUUCUUCACUCAAACAGAGUGGAUGAAUGGCAUGACCAAGUUACAGGUUGACUGCACAGAAAAACUUAGGGGAAAGUUAGAGUCGUUACGUGCACUUCUAGAUGAACCUGCAACAUUUAAAAAGAUUUACAGAUACGCUUAUGACUUUGCUAGGGUUAAUAAAGAUCAACGUAGUAUGGACUUAGAUACUGCCCAGGCCAUGCUGACGUUGCUACUGGGACGUCAAUGGCCACUUUUUAAUCAGUUUCACCAAUUCCUUGACAAGGCCAAGUAUAAAGUGAUCAACAAGGACCAGUGGUGCAAUAUCCUAGAGUUCAGUAGGGCCAUUCGACCUGACCUCAGUAACUAUGAUGAAGAUGGUGCCUGGCCUGUGAUGCUUGAUGAAUUUGUGUUGUGGUUCCGAUUACACCAAACAGGGGCUGCCUCAUCAUCGGCACUCACGUAACGACAGCCAGUCAACAACUUCUUGACUGCAACAACUCAAUGAAAUAUCAAUAGAAGACACUGAAAGUGGCGAGAAGCUGCAACAAAAGCUUCUUAACACUUAAAAAAUGCCUAACUGCCAAACUGCAAAGGUUCAUGCUUCCGUGUUCUGAUGGCUUUGAUACAAAUAUUUAAACAGUAAGAGGGUGUGUGCUGCUUCUCCUGUUUUGACUAUUCCAAGUGAUCUUGCACUAGUUCUGACUGUCAACCAAAUCCUGCGUAUGUUUAUUACUGGAACAGAUCGACUCACCUCCAGACUCCUCCCAUUGUAAAUAAAGCCAGGACAACAUCAUCAUUAAUCAGACUAUGGAUGUAGUGGACAAGGAUAUUGUAGCAACUUAGAUAGAUAUCUCCAGUGCAAGAAAGACUGAACUUUGUUUUUACUCUUUAAAGUGCAAGAGAGACACGGCUUUAUCUUCAAUAUUAGAAGAACGCUGACUUCCUGGAAAAGAUAUGCUUCAGGUCUGUUCAUUUUUAUUUCCAGAGGAUAGUUAUCUAUUCAAGUAAAGCAAAUAUUUACUUUCAAGCAUGUAUCUUUAGGUAUUGCUGGAUGAAAAGAUCAUAGCUUUACCUCCUUUAUGAAUACAGGAUCAGUGACUUCUUUGACAAGGAGAAUUAUUGAACCAGUUUCUUGUGUUUUCCAAGAGGUUGGUUAUUCCAGUAUAUUAUGUAAACAUAAGUUUAUAAUGUGUGGGCACCAAGUGAAACUAUUAACCAACGGAUGGUGAUAUAUCAGUUAUUAAUUGCAAAAUAUAUGUAACCCCUCAUUUGAUUUAUUUUGUAUGUGUAUGUGUGUCAUCAAAUGCAUUGAUAAUGACCUUAUUUUUAUAAAUUUGUGAUCCCUUCCAGCUAUUUUAAACUCUGUAGUUGUUAAUGCGUAAUUCUUGAAUAUUUGAUAUUCAUAUUGUUAACUGUUGUCCUCUUUUAUUUUGUUGAUAUUUUUAUAUGUGAUGAUUUGAAGAAUGUUAUGGAUGAUUAGAGGGCAUUAUGAGAAAUGUUUCUAAGAAUUACUUUUGCAUCUUAACCGGAUGUUAUAAUUUUGUUUACAUAAAGUUUGUUUUGCCUUUCUUGUUGUUCAACUCAUGCCAAAUAUUAGAAUGGAUCUUUAAAGUGAUCACAAAAAGGGUGAAUCACAAAUGACAGUUCGUAGAAAAAUCUUAAUGUUUUAGAGCAAUUGUAAUUUACUAGCAAGCAAAAAGUGAUGUGUUUUUGUAAUUUUUUAUAAAUCUUGGUUCUCAGUUGAACAAAGCAUCCAGACUUGAUGGUGAAAAUAGUGACAAAUCCUUUGUCAAAUCAUGGAACACCAAAAUAUUUCUUCCUAAUGACUGAAAGAAAAUGCAUUAAACAAGACUACAGUUAUGUUGAAAUUUGUUUUUAACCUGUCUGUGUGCUUAUGUUAGAAUGUCAGGAUUACAUUUUUUUCCAGUACACUCCAUAUGAUUUUUGGACCUUCAGAGUUGCAUUAAAACACACACACACACACAAGAAAAAUAUGUUUCAUUUAAAAAAUAGUUAAGGUAUCUGUAUGUGUGAUUUAGCCUCUGGUAUCUUUUACUCAUUUUUUUUAGUGUACACAAUUAAAUCUCUAUCCUUCCUUUAGGUCUUCUGAAAAGGCAUAGAAUUAAAACAAUAAUUUCCAAAGCACAUCAUGUAAAAGGGUCUAUAAGAGAAAAUUUGAAGACGUUGACCCACCCAGUGGUAUUUGCUGUGCAUUAGUAGGGCCCUACCAUUGUAAGCGGUUGCAGUCAGUUCAAAUAUAACUCAAAUAUGGAAAGCCAGCAAUGCCAUAAUUUGUCAUUUAGAAGGGGUAUUCAUUGUCCCUUAGUGAAGAAAAAGAAGCAUGCUCGUUGGUCAGGUCAUUGAUGUACGUUCAUAAUGCACAAUCUCAAGAGAGCAUCCUGUUCGGACAUUCUAGGUGACUGUGACAUGGCUGGCUUUCCAUAGUUGAGACCAAUUUGAAUCAGUCACAUGACCCAGGCAUAAUUGAUUGCAUGCUACUCUAUUUCCAUUGAUAAUUGUAUGACUGUAUUGCUCUUGUGAUUUUAUAUACCUCAUUGCAUUGCAGAGCUUUGUGAAAACUCAUUACCUAUAUUUUGUGUAUAUCAGAUAAAUGUGUGAGUGAGUAGAUGAAAUGUUUGAGGGGGCCCAUAUUGAUGAUCAUCAUGCAGCAAAAUGUGAAGUAUGUGUAAUUGCAUUGGCAACAGUGCACGUUCAGGUGAACUUUGCCUCUUAGGGUUUGUGAAUAUGGGUCCCUGUGUGCACACAUGUGCAAAGGCAAUGUUGCCCAAUAUAGCAUGUGUGAAAAUGAAUUACUAUUAUAAUGGGGCUUGAUUUGAGCAGGUUCUUCUUUCUUGCACCAAGAAUUGCAUGUUUGAUCCUCCCUUUCUGAUGAAUGAUAAAAUAGUAUAGCAUUUCAUAUGUAAUCACUGUAGUUAGGACUUUAGAUCAAUUAGUAAAUAGUUCAUGCUCAGAACUAAAAUAUAAGUAGGCCUAGGGCAAUUUUUAUGUUGAUUGUAUGUAAGUCGAUUAAAUCAAGAUGAUUAGUUUAUGUGGUGAAUUAAGAAUGCCUGUAGAUCAAGAGCAAUUCUCUUUUCUUUGUUCAAUUUAUUUUAUUUCUGUUUUUUUUGGGGGGGGAUGGGGGUUUAUUAUAGCAGUCAUAGUGGACUGACUAUGUGUUGCUUGUUUUUAAAGUAUAAAGAGGAACAGAUGAUCCCUCUACUACAUGUACAUUGUACACAAAUGAUAAUUAAUGUAUGUAAAAUGAUGAUUUUAAGUGCUUGCUUAUGUACCUUUAUCAGAAUAUUAUUUACCACUUAAAAGUUCUGAAUAGAUCCAUGAUGGAACAUCUUUUCAGGCAUGUCUCAUUAUUUUUCAUUAAUUCCAUGUCCUUAUAGGAAAUGUCUUCCUGUCAAUUAUAUAUUGCUAAUAGGAUUUAUAUUGAUAUUUAUUCUUUUUUUAUCCAGAUGAAGUCAAGACUCAAAGCUUUAUUCCUUGUAACAUGUGUUCCAUUGAUAUCAUUACAUAAGUACAUGUGUGUGUAAUUCUCAUCAAUCAACAUCAUUAUUUUCAAGAUGAAAGAUU